AGUAUAUAUCUCCCCACCUGCCAAUGACCGAAUGUAUUCCUCGAUCACAGCUACCUAUUCAACAUGACAAUCACCUUCACCCUCACGCCCGAGCAGCAGCAGCUCCAGCAGUUCGCCCGCAGCUUUGCGGACGUCCACUUGCGCACUGCACACGCCGUGUACACGGCGCCGCACAUCACCACCACGCAGGCGGCAUUCAACAGUAUCCGCCCCGUCGUUAGCACCGCUGUCGCCGCCGGGCUGGUGUCCGCGCAGAUCCCUAGUGCCCUGGGCGGCACCGCUGGCGACUCGCCACUGCUUGACGCGGCAAUCCUGGUCGAGGAGUUCUUCGUCCAUGAUUCCUCCGUGCCCAUCGCGAUCCUGAGCGCGAGUCUGGGGUUGGCGCCCGUGAUCAUGGCCGGGACCAAGGAGCAGCGGAAGGAGCUGUUAGCACCGUUCCUGACGAAGAGUGGGGAGCCAUUGGCGUGCUUGGGGUUCUCGGAGAAGGGGGGCUCGGCGAAUUAUAUCCUCAACCCUGCCCUGACGACCGCCAUCGUCUCACCCGACGGCAAGGAGUUCGUUAUCAACGGCGGCAAGCUCUGGGCCUCCAAUCUCGGCGGCUGGGACUACCGCGGCGCGGACGUGAUCUCGCUCGUCUGCCGCGUUCUCCCCCGCGUGAAUGCGCCCAUCGCCACAGGGCCGCAGAACAUCGCCAUCAUCGCCAUCACCCGCGGCGACAUCGCCGCAAACGAGGAGUCCGCGUUCACGGCGGUGGAUCAAGAGGACACGCUGGGCUUCAACGCCGUCUCCGGGCCCGCGGUGACGUUCAUGAAUCUUCGGGUUCCCCGCGAGAGAUUGAUCGGUAGCGUAGGCCAGGGUCCGGAGCUGGUGAGCAAGGCCUUUACCGGCAGCGCGGCGAUGGUCGGCGCAAUGGCGUGCGGGAUCAUGCGCGCCGCGUUCGAGGACGCGCUGGCUUUCGCGAAGCGGGAGGCGUGUGGUGGGACGCAUCCGGUGAUUCACCACCAGUCCGUGGCGGAUCGAUUGAUCGAGAUGAAGAUGAGGCUGGAGACGGCGAGGUUGCUCACGUGGAAGGCGGCGAGUGCGUUUGAUGCUUCGCAAGGGCAGGAUGUCGAGGGGUGCUGGAUGGCGAAGGUUUAUGCGAGUGAGGCGGCAACGGAGGUGGUGCAGUUGGGGAUGGCGGUGUUGGGCAUGGAGAGCUACAGCCUCAGACAGAGGUUUCCAAGGCUGUUGAGGGAUGCGGCGUGUCUGCCAAUCUUCGAUGGAGGGAAUGUCGGGGUGAGGAGGAGGGAGUUGCAAAAUUUGUUUGAGGGCGAGGCGUAUGAUCCGCUGGCUUUUGCGUAUGGAGGCCAGUCCGAGGCCUAAAUAUGUCUGCAUUUCACGUAUGAUAGCUGCCUGCAUGUCAUGUAUGAUAUCUGUAAGAAG